AUGAAUGAACUCAUCUCUGGACGAACUUCAAAUAAGAUAUCUCUACAGAAUCGCUCUCUGGACAAAGGCAACUCAAGCAAUGAAUUGGGAGAUGUCUCACUCGGAAGCGCUCCACAAGAGCAGGCUGAAAAUGUCAACCAAAGUUCACGCGAAGAGAUUGCUGGAGGUUUACCAGAAAUGGAUGACAAAGACGUUGCGGAGAUGAGCAUGAUUGUCGCCCAGAUCGAGGGUGCGGAGGAUUUCAAUUUGACACUUGAGACUGUGGAUACAUCUGAAUAUCGUGAACAAUCGCAUGAAGAAACUAGGCCAAAAAGCCGUCAGUCAAAGAAAGAAAUCAGUCCGCUAUACAAAAGCGAUCAGGAGGGUAUCGAAAUGUUCUUGGAGGAAGGGAUGAACGAGUCAAUGUCAGUGGUAGAAGAAGCGAAGAUCAACGUGUCUUUAGCGGAUUCCCUCCUAAAUGAAUGGGCAACACCAGUGACGAAACGAAAACGUUCACUAUCAGAGCGGACGGCGGAAGAUCAUUCCGAAAGUAACUUAUUGACAAGUACUCCAGCUGGUCGGCUGAAAUCUCUGCAGCAAUUCUUUCCCGACAGUGGGAAAUUCGCAACGUCGUCCAAGAAACGCGUCUCCACCUCAUCAGACGAAGGUCAUCGCUCACCCAUGCGGAAAAGGCGAGCGAGUAUUUCAGAAAAUGAGAAAAGGUCACGUUCGAAGAGCUUUUCCAAAGUUGGUAUUACCUCGCCAUCUCAUUCCAUGGAAAAAUCUCGUGUUACUUCUAAACAUCCAUUGAAAACUCGAAAUAUGUGA